AUCAUUUGAAAUGUCGACUUCAAUGGGAUAGGGACGUCCCAACGAUCCAGAAUAGCAUGGACUCUGGUGUAUUUCGGUGAUGGUGUUACGUGUCAAUUCUUCCCCAAAUUGGAAAACUAUAAUUUAGCAUCAAGGCAAGCGCUCACAUUAAACAUUUAAGAUGAGCGCAGCUGGGAAAAAGGCUAUCGGGGCACCGGGUUAUGGUGUCGUGGAAUGGAUCAGUACCGCAUGUCGAUUUGCUACAGAUAGAAAUGAUUUCAGAAGGAACCUUCUGGUCAACUUGGGACUCUUUGCAGCUGGAGUUUGGGUUGCCAGGAAUCUCUCAGAUUUUGACCUGAUGUCCCCUCAACCAAUCAUCUAGUGCAAGAACAGGAUGGAUAUCGUGAGAGGUGUCUCGGACCAAAAUGUCAGUCAUAAGGGACAAGAUCUUGGGCUUGUUUGACAUUGCAGGUGACUGCCAAAUGACUUUGCAUCAUAAAUAACAUCUUGUUAUUUUAUUUGUAGGUCAGUCAGGUCAAUUUACCUAUUAUUCAUUAGGGUUUUGAUCCUCUCGAACGUGGCCAUUUACUUUAUAUUUACUGUGUUGGCACAAAAUCAUUGUUUGUUGGUGAUAGUCUGGAAACUGGUGUGCCUGCCUGCUUAAUACAUUAUUAAAACUGUAUGACAUUGCUUUCAGUAUCUCAACAUUUUAUGUAAUUGUUAACUUAAUGCAAUAAAUAACCAUGUAAAUAA